UGUAACCUAGCCGUUUAUGUAGCCUUUUGGCGGAACAAUGAUACUCCUUCGAUAAAGAAGUUUUUAGACUACCGACGUAACAUGGGUGAUUUGGCAGAUCCGGAAACUGAACACCAGAAAGGCUGUGAUGUUUCAACGGACUACUCUCAGUCUUCGAAUUGCUUAUUCGCACAAACACCUUGUGAGUUGCUUCCUUGCAAGACAAAAGUUGCUUACUUGUUUGUGGAGGAUAAAAGAUCGAAUUCAGUAAAACUCUUCUGGAAUCUACAGGAAAUUAUUUUGGAAUCCGAGAUAGUUGAUGAAAAAUCCAAGUUGCAGUGGAAUAGUCUUAAGGAGACUUCGUCCGCGGUGCAAGAAAAACAAGUCUCGUCUUAUAAACGGAAUGCCUCCAAAAUCGAUGAAGAAACAGUUUCUAUACAACCUGCCUUGAAACGGAAGUUGAAUGAGGGAGAAAUGACCGUAGAUACUAGCAAUAAUCCGUUUGAUGUAUCUCGGCAUGAAAAGGAUUCGAAGAAUGCAACUAAUCAGAACGAGGAAGAUGAGAUUACUGAAUAUAAGUACUCUCAGGAAAUGUUAAAUGAAAAAGUCGAAUUGCCAAAUCAUAAAAAGGCGAAAAAGGAGGUGAAAAACACUUCAAGGACUAAGUCCCAGAAAUCGAGAAAUAAAAGUGAAGAUUCUUCCUCGGAGUUGCCUUCUUCCGAU